CAGGAGAGGAUUAAAGGCUUCCUCUCAGCUGGUGGCGUUUGUUCGAAUGAGACGCGGGGCCGACAUGGACCUGCGCCUGGUCAUUUGGUUGCUACUAUUGCCGACUCUAAGAUUUUCCUCUGGCCAACUCUUGGGUUGCCCUGAAGGCCAGUGGCAGUGCGAUGAUGGACAGUGCAUCACCGCUGUGUGGCGAUGUGAUGGAGAGGGAGACUGUCUGGAUGGAUCGGAUGAAAUGGGCUGUGCCGCCUCCACAGACUCAGAUUGUCCACCCGGCCAGUUUCCGUGCUUGGACUCUGUUGGCUGUGUGGACGCGUCAGCCCGCUGUGAUGGACAGAAUCAGUGUCCCACCGGUUCUGACGAGGAGAACUGUCCAGCCACGGAGGGCUGCCUGGAUUCUGAGUGGAUGUGUGGAAACGGCAUCUGUAUCCCCACUGAGCUGCGCUGCAACGGACGGAAUGACUGCCUGGAUAGCUCUGAUGAAAAAGAGUGUGGUAAAUGCAGUGAGGAUGGCCUGAGGUGUCCUGAGGGAACGUGUCUGUCUGCUGAGGAGAGGUGUGACGGACAGGUUCACUGUUCUGAUGGCAGCGACGAGCCUGAAACCUGCGGUCGUAUCUGCUCCGUGCACAACGGCGGCUGCAGCCAUGUGUGCAUUGAUGAAUAUUGGGGAGUUCGCUGCGUUUGUCCGCCUGGAUACAAGCUCUCGCCUAACGGUGCCGUCUGUGAAGACUUGGAUGAAUGCGCUUCACCUUUUCCUCCGUGUGCGCAUCACUGCACAAACGCCAUUGGAUCUUACCACUGCCACUGCAGAGAAGGGUUUAAACUCAACAGAGGUGCCACAUGUCGAGCUAUGGGUAAUGCUACCCAACUGCUGAUGGUACAAAGGAACACUUUGGGUCUCCUGAAUGUAAAAUCCCAGCAGUUCAGUACCAUCAAGGCUUUGGUGUUUGAUCCAGUUGCAUCAGCGUAUGACAUUACCAGGGGGUGGUACUACUGGGCCGACAGUGGCGGCAGCAUUUACAGAACUAAUGGACGGAGUAGCUGGACGACAUUUACGGGACAACCAGGAAUAAAAGGUCUAGCCUGUGAUUGGCUAAAUGGAUACUUGUUCUGGACCAACCGGAAGACUGAAUCGAUCUAUAUGCAGUCAACUGAUGGUAAAAGCUUCACCACUCUGCUGCACAAAAAUGUCAGCCCAACAGAAUUGGUGCUUCUACCCAUUGAGAGUCUGAUGUUCUGGAUCAAUGAAGGUCCGGGCGACAGAGUGACAUUGGAGAAGUCCUGGAUGGAUGGAUCCAACAGAAGCCCUCUUACGGUCCUCACUGCCCAGUCUGCCCACAGUCUCUCCGCUGACGUAGCUGCCGGGAGGCUCUACUGGAUCAGUGACUCAAAGAGGUCUGUAGAGACAGUGAAGGUGGAUGGGACUGGCCGUUACACCUUCACAGGAUUCUUUAACAAGAGACCGGCUUUCAGCCUCGCUGUGUUUGAAAGCAUGUUCUUCUGGACCGACGAAAAGGGACUGUGGCAGGCUCCCCAAGGCCAGACAAGUCCAAGGAAGUUCAUCAGGAAAACUGACUCGCCUCUGCUGUCAGUCUACCAUGAGCUCCAACAACCAAAAGGCUCAUCUGCUUGUGCCAAGAUAUCGUGCCUUCUCUGCCAACUGACUAAAAACAACCCUGUUGGAUUCACCUGCGCUUGUCCAUAUUUUAAAGUACUGCUGCCUGAUGGGAAAUGUGAAUAUCCACGAUUCUUAUAUGGCACGUUUGGAACAAUCUGGUUGCUGGAGUUUAAAGGCAGAGAGUUCUCUGAAACGGAGCUGUUUUCCUCGGCUGAAGGAAUCCUGUCUUUUGACGUCGACUGGUACAGAGACUGGCUGUACUGGACCAAUGAAACUGGCCACAUCCAACGCAUCAGUCUUACUCUGGACAGGACAGAGUUCAUACCAACACCUUUGCCAGUGUGUCUGCUGUCUGUGGAACAGAGGAGUGGCAACCUUUUCUGGGUGUCAUGUGACCAGAACAUCAUUGGCACAAGCGCAGCCGGUAGUAAUGUCCCACAGCAGCUGUACCGCACCACAAAGGAGAUUAAAAGCUUCUACCUGGACUGGCUGAGGGGUGAGAUGUUCUGGCUGGAGGAGGGUUGGCUCUUCAGCAUGGGAUUGACGGGAGAAAGGGCUAAGGAGCUGCUGCAGAUGGCAGAAGGAGUCAGGGGAAGCGUCGCCUUUGACCUUAGAGCCAGCAGUCUCCUCUGGAAUUCUAAAAGAGCAGGUCUGACUAUGUUGAGUUUGUUGAAGGAAAAAAGCCACCUAGCAGGAAGAAGGUGGAACAUCUCUGGCUCGGUUAUGGCUGCCUUUGAACCGUUCCUUUUAACGGUUUCAAACAAUGUGAUAACUCUGUGGGAUCGUCGGGAUGGGAACAAAAUUCAGUCUGUUCCCGUGAAGGGUCCAGUGCUGAGUGCCAUCGCUGCACUUGGGGAGAUUCGAACAGUGCCAGAAGCGCCAGCGUGCAAUGCCCCGUCCUGGUUGUGCCGACAGUCAUCGGUCUGCCUUCCACAAAACCUGCUCUGUGAUGGCAAGAGGGACUGUCCUGAUGGCGACGACGAGGAGUUCUGCAUCAUCUCUUGUCCUGAAGAGGACUUCAAGUGUGAGGACAGAAGAAACUGUAUACCCAGAAGCCUUUUGUGCGACGGCCGUGCGCACUGCCACGAUGGCUCGGAUGAGGUUGACUGCCCAACCGUGGCGGCUCCUGCGUCGCGGACAAACGUCCUGAAGUGUCGCAGCGGCUCAAUGCUGUGUAAAGAUGGCUCAGAGUGUGUCUUAUACACUCAUGUCUGUGAUGGCGAGGCAGACUGUAAGGACGGAUCUGACGAACUGGGAUGUGAUGCAACGCACGAACCCACAAGUUCUGUGAAAUCCAAAAAAGAGCUUCCUGUUACCAGACCUCCUGCCCUGACUCUGACAGCCUGCCUCAGCCCUUCUGUCCUGUGUCCUUCCUCUGCUGCAUACAUCUGCAUCGCUCAGAGCCAGUUUUGCGACGGCCUUAAGGACUGUCCUGAUGGCUUUGAUGAAGAGGACUGCAUGGACGCUUGUCCAACAAGAAGUGAUUUUCUCUGUAAGGACCGUCGGAGCUGCGUGUCAAAGCGUUUAGUCUGCGAUGGCCACUCUCACUGCCUUGAUGGUUCAGAUGAAGCAGACUGUCCAAACGUGGCUCAGAGUGCUGCUGGAAGUGGGGUAAAGUGUCGCUUUGGAUCAAAACUCUGCAGAGAUGGUGCAUCAUGUGUGCUCCUGAGUCAAGUUUGUGAUGGCGACAGGGACUGUAAAGAUGGCUCUGAUGAAGAAGGGUGUGACAACCCAGGGAUUACAGCCACCAAUCCUCCCACUGUGCCUCCAUGUACAAGCCCUUCAGUUCUGUGUCCAGUUUCUUCUAUAUGCAUCAAACCAGCUCAGAUGUGUGACGGGAAGAGGGACUGCCCUGAUGGCUUUGAUGAGAAAUGUGUAAAAAGAUGUUCCUCAGAUGCUGAUUUCCAUUGCAAAGACCGUCGUCGCUGUAUCCCAAAGAGCCAGGUUUGCGACGGGCGUUCCCAGUGCUACGACGGCUCAGACGAGCAAAACUGUCGAAGCGCAGCGGCUCCUGCAGCUCCAAAUAAAGUCCUGAAAUGUCGCCUUGGCUCCAAACCCUGUCGGGACGGUCAGGGAUGUGUCCUCCUGAGCCAUUUUUGUGACGGAGAGAAGGACUGUCAAGAUGGAUCGGAUGAAGAAGGAUGUGAAGAUUCACAGAGCGGUGCUGUGGAAAAUGAGCGCUUUGAAUCUCCUGCACAGACUAAAGUAACUCAGCCUCCAACCCUGCCUCCAUGUACCAGUCCUUCAGUCUUGUGCCCAGGAUCAUCGAUGUGCAUCAAACCAGCACAGAUGUGCGACGGAAAGAGAGACUGUCCUGAUGGCUAUGAUGAGAAAUGCGUGGAGACGUGUCCCUCCGACUCCGAUUUCCGCUGCAAAGACCGUCGGCGCUGCGUCCCUCCAAGCCAAGUGUGUGACGGCCGCUCCCAGUGCUACGACGGCUCAGACGAGCUAAACUGUCCAAGCGCUGUGGCCCCUGCAGCUCCAAAUAAAGUCCUGAAAUGUCGCCUUGGCUCCAAACCCUGUCGAGACGGUCUGGGAUGUGUCCUCCUGAACCAUUUUUGUGACGGAGACAAGGACUGUCGAGAUGGAUCGGAUGAAGAAGGAUGCGAAGAUUCACAGAGCGGUGCUGUGGAAAAUGAGCGCUUUGAAUCUCCAGCACAGACUAAAGUAACUCAGCCUCCAACCCUGCCUCCAUGUACCAGUCCUUCAGUCUUGUGCCCAGGAUCGUCGAUGUGCAUCAAACCGACACAGAUGUGCGACGGAAAGAGAGACUGUCCUGAUGGCUAUGAUGAGAAAUGCGUGGAAACAUGUCCCUCCAACUCCGAUUUCCGCUGCAAAGACCGCCGGCGCUGCGUCCCUCCAAGCCAAGUGUGUGACGGCCGCUCCCAGUGCUACGACGGCUCAGACGAGCUCAACUGUCCAAGCGCAGCGGCCCCUGCAGCUCCAAAUAAAGUCAUGAAAUGUCGCCUUGGCUCCAAACCCUGUCGAGACGGUCUGGGAUGUGUCCUCCUGAGCCAUUUUUGUGAUGGAGAGAAGGACUGUCAAGAUGGAUCGGAUGAAGAAGGAUGUGAGACUGACGCCAAGACUUCUGUGGGAAGUGAAUACAUGAACGAAUCUCCUGAACCCGUCAAACCAUUUAGUCAGCCCACCACACCACCAUGCACUAGCCCUUCAGUUCUAUGUCCAGGCUCCUCGAUUUGCAUUAAGCCAAUACAGAUCUGUGAUGGGAGGAGAGACUGUCCUGAUGGGUUUGAUGAGAAAUGUGUGAGAAGAUGUCGCUCAGGCAAUUUCCGCUGCAAAGACCGUCGGCGCUGUAUCCCAAAGAGCCAGGUCUGCGAUGGCCGCUCUCAGUGCCACGACGGCUCAGACGAGGUCAACUGUCGGGCUGUAGAGCAUCCACCAGCUCAGACAAACGCCCUGAAAUGUCGUAUGGGGUCCAGAAUGUGUCGCGACGGGACUGAAUGUGUCCUCUUCAGCCACGUCUGCGAUGGCGAGAGAGACUGUGGGGAUGGUUCCGAUGAAGAAGGUUGUGAUGCUGCAGAAACUACUGAAUCGUCAUCUCCAAACAACCCGUUCUGCAGUUUUCCUUCAGUUUUGUGUCCUGACUCUACUGUCUGCAUCAACCCGUCACAAUUGUGCGACGGGAUCAGAGACUGCCCUGAUGGAUCUGAUGAGAACUGUGUGCACAAGUGUGCCGACAAGACUGACUUUCUCUGCAAGGAUCGCAGGAGCUGUGUGUCUAGGAGUCUGGUUUGUGACGGGCGCUCCCACUGCUACGAUGGAUCAGAUGAGGCUGACUGUCCAACCGUGACUGCUCCACCGUUCCAGCGCAAUCAACUGAAAUGCCGCAUGGGCUCCAGGCCAUGCAACGAUGGCAAAGAGUGCGUUUUAUUCACCCACGUGUGUGAUGGAGAAAUAGACUGUAUGGAUGGGUCUGAUGAGGAAGGAUGCCAAGAGACCUGCAAAGAAGGAGAGUUUCAGUGCGCCCACGGGAAGAUGUGCAUCCCAGAGGCUGAGGUUUGCGACGGCAAGCUGCAAUGUCGAGAUCACUCUGACGAAGUGGAUUGCUGGCAUCGAACACAGAGUUGCGAGCAUCGCUGUGCUGACGGCAAGCGUUGCAUCCCAAAGAAGUUCCUUUGCGAUGGAGAGCCAGACUGCCUGGACGGAACGGACGAACUGAACUGCGAUGCUGCUCCAACUGAUGUUCCCGUUGACACAUCGGCUUGCAUCACUCCCUCAGUUCUGUGCCCGGGCUCAUCGCUGUGCAUCUCGCCAUAUCAGCUUUGUGAUGGCAAAAGAGAUUGUCCAGAUGGAUUUGAUGAAAUGGAAUGCAUAGUUAAAUGUGAAAACCCAGAUGACUUCCUGUGCAAAGACCAGAGGAAGUGCAUCCCGAAGAUUCGAGUGUGUGAUGGGCGUGCCCACUGUCCAGAUGGAUCAGAUGAGAAGCAGUGUCACUCAGGACUUCCUGCCACCUCCUCCCUUAACAAUCCAAACAAGAAGCCCGGACCUCUAAAGUGCCGCACAGGUUUCAAGAUGUGUAAAAACGGCCUGCAGUGCAUCAUGUACAGCCAUGUUUGCGACGGCGAGCGGGACUGCCUGGAUGGUUCUGAUGAGGAGGGAUGUGAGAAGCGAUGCAAGCCAGGACAGUUCCAGUGUUCCCAUGGGAGUAAAUGCAUCCAACAAGAGCAGGUAUGUGACGGACAGAUGGACUGUCAGGACCGCUCGGACGAAAUGGACUGCUCAAAACCCAGCGAAGGCUGCGAACACCUCUGUGACAAUAAGACCCGCUGCGUCCCAAAAACCUUCCUUUGUGAUGGAGACAGGGACUGUGCUGAUGGGUCAGAUGAAGACAAGUGUGGUUUGGUAGCCUGUGCGUCAGACCAGUAUCGUUGCGAGAGCGGCCAGUGCAUUUCUGAGGCGUUUAAAUGCGACGGCUAUCCCGACUGCCGUGACCACUCGGAUGAAGCGGGCUGUGCGAAAGCCCCGCGUUGCCCGGCGCAGCUCCGGUGUCCGCACAGCCAUGAAUGCCUUCAGAAAGAGUGGCUCUGUGAUGGAGAAGAGGACUGCAAAGAUGGCUCGGACGAGAAGAACUGCGACAACCUUCCAACAAAAUGCAGGAAGUACCAGUUUCAAUGCAGAGAUGGAAGUGUAUGUAUUCCUCAGUCGUGGAGGUGUGACGGGAAGGAGGACUGCGACAAUGGAGUGGAUGAAGAUAAAUGUACCCAAAGGAAAUGCCCCUACCACCUUUAUCAGUGUGGCAGCAAAGAAUGUGUGGACACCAGGCUGGUGUGUAAUGGCGUCACCAACUGUGUUGAUGGCUCAGAUGAAGGUGUGGGAUGUGCACAACGCAACUGCUCAGGUGCUUCCGCUCCUGCCUGUGACCACAGCUGUGUUAGCACCCCCAUUGGACCGAGGUGUUACUGCGGUGCAGGUUUCAGGCUGCACUCCAGCUCCAAGUCCUGUGUGGACGUCGAUGAGUGCACUUCAACACCAGCUGCUUCAUGCAAACACAUUUGCCAGAACACCCACGGGUCCUACAGUUGUCGCUGCCACCCUGGCUUCUACCUCGAGCCAGAUAACAAAAGCUGCAAGACCAAAGAUGAGCCUCUGCUGUUGGCGUCGGUGCAGUCUGAAAUGUUGCUCCUCGGAGUCCACAGUGGAACGUUGCAGCUCCUCUCCUCUGCCGACCGGCCCGUCUCUACUCUGGACUAUCACUGGGCGGAGCAGAGGGUUUACUGGCUGAGCCCGGACCACCUGAGCAUCCGCUGGGCUGACGUGAAAACUAAAAACAAAGGGACACUGACCAAGGGUGUGAAGUCUGACUCUAUCGCAGUGGACUGGGUUGGUAAAAAUCUGUACUGGGUGGACGGACUGGUUGGGCAGAUUCUGGCGAUAAAGCUCAGCAGCUCAUUGGUGAAAUCUCAGAACUACACUGUGGUUCUUGGUGAAAACCUGGAGCAGUUAAGCUCACUGGUCCUGAUUCCAGACAGGGGGCUGAUGCUGUGGUCUGAGAUUGGCAGCAUCCCUCAGAUCGAGCGGGCUGGGAUGGACGGUUCCCAGAGGAAAGUGCUGGUGAGCCAGGACUUGAGCUGGCCGGUCAGUCUGGCCUACGACUUCCUGGAUGAGCGGGUGUACUGGGCUGACGAGAAGCUGCGCUGCAUAGGCUCGGCCUCGCUGGAUGGAGACAACAUAAAGAUCCUCCAGUUGACUGAAACUCCGAGCCCUUUUUCUGUGGCCGUUUUCAACGACCGCGUGUUCUGGUCCGACACAAAGAGAAGAACUGUUCGUUCAGCUGACAAAAACACUGGCAAGGAUCAAAAGGUCCUCCUUAAGAGACCUGGGCAGCCGUUCGGACUAAAACUGAUGCACGCCCUCUCCCAGCCAGCCGUGUCGAGCCCCUGCGAUCAUCUCCGCUGCUCCCAUCUCUGCCUUUUGUCUCCAGCACCACCAGGAAUAUCGAGAGCCGGAACUCCAGCAGUAAAUGCUGCAGUGUGUCGGUGCCCGAAGGGGCUGCUGCUGUCUCAGGAUAAAAUCACCUGCGUCCUUCCUAAAGAGUCAUCUUUCAUCCUGCUUCUGUCCAGUAACAAAAUGUCUCAGAUAUAUCUGCGCUCUAUGCACCGUGAUGGCGUUCCACUGAAAAAAAUGCCCAACGGCAAAGAUUUUAAUCUCCCAGGACUAGCUGAGGCCAUGAGUCUGGACCUUUCCAUCCCAAAGCUUUCUGUGUUUGUUGCUUAUUUAAGACGUGGAACCGUGGAUGUGCUAAAGUUCAACUCCGGAGCAAAACCAGAGCUUUCACCUGCUGGGCAAAUCUUGAAGCUAAAGGAUGAUUCUGUAACGGCUCUGGCAGUGGACUGGGUGACUUCCAAUCUGUACUGGAGCAGCAUGGAGAGGCCUGACAUACACGUGACGUCGCGUCUCAAUGACUACGUCACCUCUCUGCAACAAGGACCUCUGACUGGAGUUGCAUCCAUCAGCGUCCACCCUCCUUCAGGUAGGCUCUGCUACUCUGCCAUAGUAGUAAUAGGUUCAAUGAGCCAGACGGAGAUCCACUGUGCAUGGAUGGACGGCCGUAACAAAGUGGUGAUCUGGAGGAAGUCGAGCAUCCCCAUCUCCAUGGUCUUUGCCAAUGAUGGAACCAGAAUCUAUUGGGCUGACAGUGGUGAAGGAGUAAUAGGAUCUAUUGGAGUGGAUGGAUCAAAGUACAAGGAAUACAAGACGGGACCUCAUCUGCUUGUGUCUUUUACACGAAUUGAGAACCUCCUCCUUUGGGUCACCCUGGACAAAGAUGUCAGCAAAUUGUGGUUUAGUGAUGGAUUCCAGCCUAAACAGUUGUGGUUCCAGACGAAGAUCAGGAUAGCUGAAAUCAGAUCCUACAACAAUGAAACCCAAUCUGGAGACAAUCUUUGCUCGGACAGCAAUGGUGGAUGUGUCCACUUCUGUCUGCCCUAUCCAGGAGGGCGGACUUGUAAGUGUGCGCGGGGAUUUUAUGGUGCUAAUGACACUUCCUGUGUCCCGCUUCCCUCCUGCCCCUCUGGUGAGGAAUCCUGUUGGGAUGGCAGCAAGUGUAUCAGCAGCAACAAGUUUUGUGACGGCCAUGCAGAUUGUCAGGACCAGUCAGAUGAACGGGACUGUCCAGGUUCUGCCUCAUUAGGGAGUAAAGUUGGUGGUGGCCAAUCCUCGCAGUCUUCCCUUCACCAACCUGACACCCAGAACUCCAUUUUGCCUAAUAAAGACUUGGCGUCGUGCGACCUCCAGCGUUGCAAUGGCCACGGCAGCUGCAUCACAGAGGGAGAAGUCGCUCGCUGCCGGUGUCUACCCGGUUACAAGGGAGAGUUCUGUCAGGAUCAGCAAACGCAAAGCCACCCGGUUGUCAUCCUGGUGUCCUUCUGCCUGAUCUCUGCUGUUAUCCUGGCUGUGUUUGUCUUCGCUAAAAGGAAAGGAUGGGAGCACUUCAAAAGCAGAUCCCCAGAUAAAGAGAACCUUAUGGCCCACAUGGUUCUUCCUGGUGAACAGGACUCUGACUCUGAGGAGCUGGAAUCCCCUGCAGAUGUGAAGAGUCCCCUGCAAACAUUCAAGUGACAAAUGCAGCUGAAAUAAAAUAUGAAGCUUUUACUGUCUAAAUUGUCUAUUUAAUAAAAUAUGAACCAAAACAAUACUGGUGUCAUU